GUUAUUUGCACACACGCUCCAAGUGUGCGCAUGUUCGACGCAACACGUCCGCGAUUAAAACUCCAGCAGGCUUCAUUAUUCCCCGCCUCUGGAGCGCGCUGAAAGGCGACAUUGUUGCUUUAAGAUUGUUGCAACAAUCGCCGAGGGCUCUGUCUAUUGUCGGCGUGAGUUGGAUCGAUCCCGCGGGGGCCGACUGGCUGCAUAUCAUCAGCGGUGCACAGAAGCUGCACGUCCUUCAACGCGUCCUUGCAGACAUGGGUUGCUAUGAGUGCUGUAUGCGUUGCCUGGGCGGGAUCCCCUACUGCUCACUGCUCGCCACGCUGCUGUGCUUCUCCGGCAUCGCCCUCUUCUGCGGAUGCGGACACCAGGCGCUCACAGAGAGCGAAAGACUCAUCGAGAUUUACUUCGCCCGUAACCUGCAGGAUUACAUCACCCUCGCUUACGUCAUUCAGUAUUUCCAGUAUUUCAUCUACGGUUUGGCCUCCUUUUUCUUCCUCUACUGCAUCAUGCUGUUGGCAGAGGGCUUCUACACCACCAGCGCUGCCAAGCAAACCUUUGGAGAGUUCCGGAGCACCAUGUGUGGCCGCUGCCUCAGCUCCACGUUUAUUGUGCUGACGUACGUGCUGGCUCUGCUGUGGCUGUUGGUGUUGGCUCUGUCGGCGCUGCCGGUCUACUUCUUCUACAACAUGGCCGCCACCUGCCACACCAUCGACGUUCUGACUGAGACGCCGGCGAGCAUCAACCAGCUGUGUGUCGACGCACGGCAAUACGGGCUGCUGCCGUGGAACGCGGUGCCAGGAAAAGCUUGCGGGAUAACUUUGUCCUCCAUCUGCAAGACUCCAGAGUACCGAAUGACCUACAACCUCUACAUCGCUGCCUUCGUCGGCGCGGGCAUCACCCUCAUGGCUCUGGUGCACUCCUCCGUGCAGUUGGCAGUAAACCAGGAGAACCUGAGGAGGUGCAGGAACAACAAGGGAGGCUAUGACCUAUAUGGCCAGCUGCUGCGGGAUAGAGGCGGGGUGGUGUGUUCUCCCUACCCUGCAAUUAUAUCCGACAGCUCUUAAUUUGUUACAAUUGAGACCGCCUUCAUAACUGUUACGUUGUCGGGAAGAAGUUGGCAAUUUUGUGUUUGCAGAAGGAUCCCGCUCAUUUUGUAGUUUUUUUUCCUGUAAGAGUAUGUAGUGCCGAUUUCUUAUCCAUAUUUAGUUGAUCCCUCACAUAUGCAUAUAAGAGUGGGUUUGUUGUAUUUGUGAUAUGCUUUGUAAUAAAGGGAGAAUACAUUUGCAAUUACAUAGCAAGCAAAA